GAGUCCACUGCUGGUCACACCGCAGUCAACAGUUGUCGCUUUCGCUGGAAAGCAGCAAAAUCGAAGUGAAUUUUUGAAUUAGGAACGUUUUCAAACAUGAUUUCUGUUACUUGUGUGGCGCCCGUGAACAUAGCACUCAUCAAAUACUGGGGAAAGCGGCACGAAGAUCUCAUUCUGCCCGUCAAUGAUUCCAUUAGUAUGACUCUGAGCACCGAUGAGCUUUGCGCCAAAACAACAGUGACUGCUUCGGAAACCUUUGAAAGGAAUCGCAUGUGGUUGAAUGGAGAGGAGGUGCCCUUUGAAGAGGGUUCCCGCCUGCAGCGCUGCUUAAAGGAAGUUCAUCGACUGGCUGUGGCCAAAGGCUCCCAGAAGGUUCCGCCAUCCUGGAAGCUGCACAUCGCAUCGGUUAACAAUUUCCCCACCGCCGCUGGACUGGCAUCCAGUGCAGCUGGCUACGCCUGCCUGGUGUACUCCCUGUCCCGACUGUACGAUAUACCGCUGAAUGAGGAGCUAACGACGGUGGCGCGACAAGGAAGUGGAUCGGCAUGUCGUAGUCUGUAUGGCGGAUUUGUGCAGUGGCAUCGUGGUGCUCUGGAUAAUGGCAGCGAUUCGGUGGCCAAGCAAAUAGCUCCUUCUGACCACUGGCCCGACAUGCACGUGCUCAUCCUAGUCGUAAAUGAUGCACGGAAGAAGACUGCCUCGACCAGGGGCAUGCAACAGUCGGUGAAGACAUCUCAGUUAAUCAAGCAUCGUGUGGAUCAAGUGGUUCCCGACAGGAUCACCAAACUUAGGCAGGCCAUCAGAAGCCAUGACUUUCAGACGUUCGCCGAGAUUACGAUGAAGGACUCGAAUCAGUUCCAUGCCGUCGCCCUGGACACCUAUCCGCCGUGUGUCUAUAUGAACGAUGUGUCCCACAGUAUCGUGUCCUUUGUUCACGAUUAUAACGAGAGAAUGGGUAGCUAUCAUGCUGCGUACACCUUCGAUGCUGGUCCAAAUGCAUGUCUGUAUGUCCUGGCGGAAAAUGUUCCGCAUCUCUUGAGUGCUGUCCAAAAAGUGUUUCCCAAUGAUUUGACGGAUGGUAGCACUUAUUUGCGAGGUCUUCCCAUCCCAGAAGUUGAAAAUACUGAAAGCAGCAAAAUCGAUUCACUAGAUGUUCAUGCUAAAAAUGCUUUCAGAUAUAUAAUACACACAAAAGUUGGUGAAGGACCAAGUGAAUUAGGCGCUGAGAGUUUAUUGAUGAAUGGACUUCCGUUGGAGCAUUAAAAGUGAUUUUUAGAAGAGGAAAGAAACCGAAAUUCUUGAAAUAAAAUAUUUUUUAGAAUAUAUUUAUGCGAAAAGGUGGGGUGGAUAAAAAUGUACCAUUGAGGCACAUAUGAACAUUUAAAAAGUGCGAUAAUUCGAUUUUACAUGACAAAAAUUCGAAUAUUUCAAUUCUAACACCUUAAUUUAUACUCUUUAUUUAUUUUUACUCCUAUAAGAAUUCCGGCGAACAAAUAAUUGUCUAUUUUUAAAUAAAAGUUAUGAAAAACGGAAAUUAUUUCGGAUGGAAAUUUAAGCAAA